GUCGCAAUGUGGCAUCCCGCUGAAGGGGCACAAGCGGGCGCGAAGAUAAUCGUAAUCGCAAUCGAUUAGCAGCACUUUACGCGAUAACGAAAUCGGAACGGGCCAGUAUGAAGGUGGCACGCGCAAUAUCAGUCAGCUGUCGGGCAUUAUCAGUGCUAGUGCGCGUGUGUGUUUUACAGUGUUUCUUGCAGCAUCAAAAUGAAUGUCAGAAAUGAAUGCAUACUCUUAUCAAUUACAAAAUGUCGAAGGGAGCAAUUAAAUCAUGUUUACGGAUUGCUACAAACCAUGACCACUGCCAUGAACGCUAUCGCCUCCAGAAGUUUGUACGAAAUUGCUACUGGUGGACGGGAACACACCAAAACAAGCUGUUCGAACGAUGGCCAUCAUUGUCGGUUGCACUUCCUGGAGCUGCUCCAGAAUUGGCUCCAGUCCGCUUAUCAAGCUCCGGUUGCUUAAUGCUCUGUUUGCAAAACAAACCGCCACCCUUGGGAACCUUGGGAACGAUUGCGCUCAAUGCUGAAGUUUCGACAUCAUCAUUCUUGCGAUCGCCACCGCCACGGGUUCUUCGUUGGUGAUCCGUCAUUGGUGAAGAAAAGAGAAAGAGAGAGAGAGAAAAAAAACAACCAACGCCCUGGACCUUUUGUCACGACUUGGAAGUACGACCGGGCACACGAGCUGCUGGGAAUUUGCUGAAACACUCAACACGGAAGGAAGCGCCACAGUGUUGCGCUGUUUGGAACGAAACGUGAAACCAGUAAACAAACCUCCAUUCCCACUCCGCUGGCCCCGCUGGGUUGUGGACGGUAGCCGAUCAACCAAUUCCCAGGAUCAUUACACGCCGGCUGAUCUAGUUUGGGCCAGGUUCGGUCCAGUGUUUGCCAUUGCGCAAUGAUUGAGCGUGCUUAAUUCUUGGCCUGAGUGAAGUGAACGAUCGUGCUGAGUGAAGUUGCCAGUGAACAUUAACCCCUCCACUAGUCAGUGAGACACACGCCGCGCCAUGUCGAUCGUGUGCAGGCUGCUAGUGAGCAUCGUCAUCCCAGGGGUUUGCCUAGCCACGGCAGGCGACGUGGGUGAACAAUCCACCGUCCGUCCAUCAUCGGUCACGAGCGAAUCAAUAACGACCGUUGACAAACGCCAGUUCGAGCUGAGUGCCUCCGGCGAGAUCCUGCACGACCCAGCGACACCGCUGCCAACCCUCGCCAACGGUCACCUCGGGUUCACCGUGUUCGAAGAUGCGGUCUACCUGGCCGGCCUGUACAAUGGUGCAGGUGGUUUGAGCCAUCGCGCCCGGAUACCGAACAUGGCCAACGUACGGUUGUUGCUUUCCUGCAACUUUACGCUCGAUCUUGGCAGGGGACUGUUUCGCUCUGACUUUGCCAAUGACGGAGGAUCUUUCCGAUUGACUCAUCUGCUCUAUCCACACGCCCUGUAUCGGCGUGUGAUCGUGAAUCUGUUCACCAUCGAACGACUUGGAACGAACGACGAAAACAUCAGCCUUCCCAUGAUGCCAGCGCCCGCUUUCACCAGCGAGGACAUUCAGUUUCAACCCAUCAGCACACACGAUGCCCGUGUGUACCGGAGCAAAUCGCCCGCGCAGCCCGGCGACGCCAAUGGGGAUCCCAUUUAUCAGAGCUGCGGCACAACGCUUCAGGUGGAAAACGCAACCUACCAGAAUCGGGGCAGAGCGGUCUGUGUGCUAUGGAACCGUGUCCCCGAACGGUUGGUGCUGGGUGCGGGCAAGCGAAACAUCACCUACCGCUUCCUAAUGGCCGUCGAUGGAGCUGAGGCAAUUGCGCAGACGGAGUUCGAAACAGCCCGCGCCCUCACGGACGAUGCGCUGCUCGAGUCCCAUACAUCACUGUGGCGUUCGUUCUGGGCCCGUUCGGACAUCCUAAUCACCGGAAACGAACCGUUACAGCGUACCGUACGGGCCGGCCUCUACUAUCUCGUCAGCAAUCUACCGUUCGAGGCAAGCUUCACCGUGCGGAGUGGGCCAUUUUGGGGCCUCAGCCCAACCGGGCUCGGGCGCGGCGGUACCAACCUGGACGACUACGAAGGUCACUCGUUCUGGGACACGGAGGUGUGGAUAUUUCUCGUGCUGAAUCUAAUCGAUCCGUGGUACUCCCGGCUGCUGAUAUCGUACCGCACGAAGAUGCUGCCGACUGCCAAGCGGCUGGCGCAGGAAGCUGGAUACAGGGGCGCUCGCUUCCCUUGGGAGAGCGCCUUUACGGGGGUGGAGGUAACGCAACCCUGCUGCCCAGCCGUAGCCCAGUACGGUCAUCACAUCACGGGCGAUAUAAGCUUCGCCCUCCGGCACUAUCUCGGCACCACGCACGAUCGGGAAGGGUUGCGGCAGCUGGGAGGCUGUGAGAUGGCUCAGCAAAUAGCCGAAUUCUGGAGCAGUCGCGUUAGGUUCAACUAUACCGGCAGCGAGCAGUACGACAUACCGGUGGUAAUGGGACCGGAUGAGGAUCAUGAAAAUGUAACGAACAACGCGUACACGAAUGUGAUCGCCGGCUAUGCUUUAUAUUUUGGCGAAUUCGCCCGCUGCAUCUGUGAAGCUGACGGCAGGGACGAUAAAGGAUGGAGCGAUAUUGCCCGCCAUAUCAAGCUUCCGUACGAUGAGAUCGGUAACUUUCAUCCCCAGUACGAUGGGUACCUGGCGUCCACCGUCAUCAAGCAGGCCGACGCCGUGCUGAUUGGCUAUCCGCUGCAGUACCCGGGGUUGAAAACGUACACGCGCUGGAACGAUCUGCUCAUCUACGAACCGGUAACGCGCCCCACCGGACCGGCCAUGUCCUGGAGCAUGUACGCCGUCAACCAUCUCGACAUCGACAACUAUCGUGAGGCGGCACAGAACUUCAAUCGCAGCUACCAACCGUACGUGCGCGGUCCGUUCCGAGUGUGGCAGGAGUUGGAGGGAGCGGCCCAGCACGGCGCACAGAACUUCCUCACCGGUGCCGGUGGAUUUCUACAGGCUGUCCUGUUCGGGUACGCAGGCCUGCGGAUGUAUCUGGAUCGGUUGGAGGUGAAGGCACACUAUCCGCAGGAACUCUCCGGCGUUGGGAUGGAGCAGCUCCAGGUAACUGGGAUACAGUAUCUUGGAGCGCUUAUCACGGUAACGCAGUGGGGCGACCGAGCGGAAGUACGCGUGACUCAUCUGGACGGCGAGCUGACGAUAGAGCUGGGCGAUGGGAAUGCCCCCGUCGCGGUGGUGUGUAAUCGUGUCUAUCCAGUAAACAAAGGAGUAACAGCGAUAAUACGGGCCAAAGCGUAUCCGUACGGGGAGUGUGCGCUGCCAAAAGAUGUAAUUGGGAAGUGAAAAUGGAAGGAAAAUAGCUUCCAAUAAAUUGUGCCAUUCAGAGACAUUCUAACUGUAUACUGCUACGAGUUCUAAUAACUUUACAACGUCUUGAAUUCAGAGGUCGACACUUGUCUACGUGUGUUUUACCAGACAACAAUUUUACUUUAAAGUGUUAUACUCGGACUUUUGUUUCAACUAUUAGUCAUUUUGCUGCUGUAGAUAUAAUAUUGUCUCUUUACUAUGGGCAAUAUGGAUGACACAUCUGCAGAAAGCCAUAAUAUUUUAGUAAAAAAUAUAGUAGCUAUGCUCCAGCUGCAACUAGCCAAAGACCGUUCCAGAAGAACGAUUACUAAAUGCGAUGCUAGAUGUAUAUCCUGCACAAACUUGCAUAUAUGUGCAUGAUUCAAAACGAGAGACAACGAACGGUGUUUAUUCACUUUUAAGGAACUACUCGUACGGCACCUUUAAAAAGUGCUAACAUACGCUGAAAUGGAAGGCUCUGCCCUAUCUGCUGCAUAGCCUAGCCAUUGCUU